GCUGCAAUCCGCCAAGAAGAUCUUGCAACAGGUGGUGGCACUAUGGAUAUAAAAGAAGAUCCAUUACUGAAUUUAGUAUAAGGGCGAAAAUCCAACCAUCUGUUGAUGGGUUGGUGAAUGUAUUUGAUAGCGAUGCUACUGAAGUUUUAGGUAAUAAUGAACCUGAAAUAGCUCAAAAUUUCGUUGAUGGCCAGGAUUACAAAAAAGAGUACGAACUUAUGGUAACAGAGAGUCUUGAAGAAACAGAGAAAUCGGAUUGGAGUUGCUGGCAACCAAAAAUGCGACGUCAACAGAAAAGUAAUGAGCUGAUGGCAUAUCAAUCCAGUGAGCAAUUAACAUUUGCCGACGUUGAUGCAGCAUUGUCGUCAUCACAUCAUGACAUGUCAGAAUCACAACCUUAUCCGUCGAUAUUGCUGCCAGAAUCAUCUGUUUUAUCAAACUUGCGGCGGAAAAGGAUGCGAGCGGCAACAACAUCGACACAAGUAAAUGUUGUUACUCGUAACCAACAUUUUGCCGCUUUGGCGCAAUCAAAGUUGGAAUCAGUUGAAUUGAUAAAAGCAGAUAUGAGAGCGAAAUCUGCAAUCGAAAUACAUAUUUUGAAAACACAGCUGGAAAAAGAACAAUUUGAAGUAAAAUUAUUAAAAUAUGAACUUGAACGAAAAAUGCAUAACUCAGGAAGCGAAAAUUGAUCUUAUUAGAAGAUAAGCCGAAUAAACUGAGUUCAGAUGUAAAAAUGUACUUUUAUUUUUUGUUUCCUGAUUUUUAAUCUUAUCAUAUAAUUAAGGUUCAUAUUUUUUUACAUAUUGUUAUGUUAAUAAAUACCUAUGUUUAUUAUAUAUCAAGUAUACUUGAUGAUACGAGCGAUAUAAAAUUCAUAAAUAUCUUUAUUUACUAUUCACAAAACGUAUCAAUUUCUACAUCUUUUACCGAAUGCGUCUCCUCCAUUUUCAAAACAAUCCUGUGAAAAGAGAGUUGUUUAUCAAACUUGAAUUCAUUUUCUAUCAAUCAAACAUUUACAAAUAACUAAAUCAACUGAGAACUAAUUUACAAACUAUAAGCCAAUGAACAAGCUCCCCCCCCCCCGAGGCCGAAUAAAUUUCAACAAGGACUUUUUCGGUUUGGUCGCUGAAGAAAAGGUUUGAAAAAAAUAACAUUCCUCGUACCAAAAUUCUCACUUUAUAAGGUUUCCAAGGAAUAACUAUUUCCCUUCUUGACUCC